AUGGCAGACCCCAUCAUGGACCUCUUUGAUGACACACCGCUGUUCAACCUGGAUGCCCUGCCAGGCGAUGCCUUCACCCAGGGCUCCUCAGACCCUGUGGAGGAGGCUCUGAAGCUGGCUCUGGGGCAGGUUGAACCCCUCCCCGAACCCACCCCAGCUCUCAGCAUACCAGUGGCAGCUCCAACCAUCCCAGACCCAGUCCCUGUGCAGCAGCAGGUCCCAGUCCCGGUCGCCCUCCCUCAGACUGUUUCAAUAGCUUCAACAGUACCUCAGACAACACUCUCUGUAGCCAGUAACACUAGUCGGGCUGCCACAAUCCUGCUGGGCUCACCUCUGACUGUCAAUAGCUCUGCUGGCACCACACAACAGAUCACCACGCAACAAUUCACCACACAGCAGCUCGCACAGAUCGCCCAGCAGCUUACUCCUCAGCAGCUAGCUGCCAUCACCCAGCAGGCCGGAGGGCAGGGAGGCUCCAAGAUCGUCAUCCUGAAAGGACCUGGGGGGCAUGCACAGGUGCUGCAGACUGUUGCUGGGACAGGAUCCCAAGGGGGAAAGGUCACCUUUGCCAGGGUACUGUCUGGAACCCAACUUAGGCCUGGCAUGCAGAUACUGUCUGGAGGAACGGUCCUGAACCAAGCAUCUCCUGGGCAGGGACAGGUGAAGGUGGGGACCGGGAUACAGAGGCUAGUUCAGUCGCCCAACGGACCCCUAAAGCAGGUGCAGCUGAUCUCCAUGCCCCAGGGCCAGUCCCAGGGCCAGACGCAGACUGUCCAGAUGCAAAUACCGCAGGCCCAGCUUGCCCAAGCGCAGGCUCAAGUGCAGCUCCAAACCCAAGGACAGGCGAUGCAGAUGAAGCAAAUCCAGCUACAGCCCCAGACACAGGUGCAGCUGCAGUCUGCCAUGCAAACACAGGUUACCGCCACUGCUACAGGCACCACUUCAGUCCGACCACAAGGGGUCACCCUCACUACAGUACCACAGCAGGUAUGACUGACCUCUGAACUCAGUUUGACCUUACCAUCAGAAUUGUCAUGCUAUGUUUUGAGUAGUCAGGAAUACAAUGACCUGGUCUCUUCACCUCAGGUCUCAAGAUUGUACAUUUGUAAUUUAAUCAACAUCUUCUCAUUUCUAACUGAUAAUUGCUCUUUCUCCUCUCAGGGUGAAGCUAAGAGGAUCACCCUGGUGCUGCAGCAGCCCCAUGGUGGCACGGCCCAGGGGGGUACUGUGACAGUGGGUGGGUCGGGUCAACUGCAGCAGGGCCAGCAGCAGAGGCUGGUGUUGGGUAACCUCCCAGGGAAGCUGGUCCUCCAGGGGGGUCAGCUGGCUGCGCUCACCCAGGCCAGGGCAGGGCAGACGGGGGCUCAGCCUAAAGUGCUUACCAUCCAGCUGCAGGUGCAGCAGCAACCCAACCAACAGGGGGGACCCAAGGUAAGGAGGAGUGGCCUGAAUUAGUAAUUACAAAUUAUCCCCUCUCAUUUAACUAAUCAGAAAUACUGACCUGUUCUAUGAAGACUUUGAUCUGUAACUUGAACUGUCUCUGUCCUGCAGUUUCAGCUGGUGUCUGGAGGGCAAGGUAGCAGCCCACAGGUGGUUCAGAUCUCCCAGGGGCAAGGUGGACAGAGACUGGCCAUGCCCCUCAAACUGCUGCUGCAACCACAGGUAUACACACACACAUGCCUCAUUUCUCAAUAUAUGAACUGCACAUCUCACUAAUCAGUGUUUUUUUUUUUUCCUUACUCUGAACUCUUCCAUCUCUUUCCCCAGAUGAGCUCCACCUCCACAGCAGGUGGUGGCGUCUCCAUAGUGAAGGUCAUCAACACUUCAGCUGCCGGCUCUGCCCCUUCCACCACCACCACUAUGGCAUCGACAGGGAUACGGCUGGCCAAGGCCCAGGAGCCUGUACGGCGCGUGGAGAUCCUUGGCAAGCAGGAGAAGGCCAACCGCAUCGUGGCCGAGGCCAUCGCCAGAGCAAAGGCCAGAGGAGAGAGGAACAUUCCACGAGUCCUCAACCAGGAUGAACUGCCUGCUGGACAGAAGGCCGCUGACCAAGGGGCCGCUGCAACGACCACUGGCACACCUGGAGCCAAGAAGAAGGGGGGAGGAGGUGGGAGUAAGAAGAAAAGCCCACCAGGGGGGAAGGGCAUGGCUUGUGCUGAGAAGAAAGGCAAGGCCAAGGCAGCAGGUGGAGCUGCUGUAGGGACACCUGUAGGGGUGUCUGGAACCAGCGGCAGCAAAAGCAAGGCAAAGAUCAAGUAAGUUUGUGUGUGUUAGGAGCAGUUAUGUAAUUUAAAAAUGCAAUGUGUUCUCAUUCUGUUUUUUUUGGGGGUGUUAAAUCUAUUUUUCUAAACUAAUUAUCUUUCUCAUCCUCCUCCUCUCUCUCGCCCCAGUACGAUCACUCUAGUGGGGGGUAAGAAGAGGAAGAGGAAUGCCUCCUCAGACCACUCUGAUGGGGAGUUGAGCCCUGCCUCUCCGUCUAAGGCCCUGGAGGAGGACAUGCUAGCAGUGAGAUCCCUCCUACUGACACACCUACACACAACACAACCACUUUUUCCUCCACACACAUGCAUGACACUACACUAAACUACAGUUAAGUGAUAAUGCCCGAGAAGCUGGUGUUUGUUGGAUAUAUUGGCACAGGUGUUGUUAGGCCCCAGACGAAGUCAAGUGCCGACAAACUGUGCCAAUAUAUCCAACAAACACCGGCUUUGAGGGCAUUCUCCCUUUUAUACAACGGGUUACCAACAUAUUCAAAUAAUGAUUGACAUAUUUUCAUUAAAAACGUUAUUAUGAUUAAUUUAUUCGUACUACUUCAUCCUUCCACAAUAUAUAGUCCUGACACAAAUCUAGGUUUGCUGGAGACGCAACCCAGUUGUUCAUUCUUUUUGUUCUGUAUCUAUGGACGCGACCCAGUCGUUCGUUCUAAAUGUUCCAUUGCCAUACUGGCUGGCAACGUUCUGAUCCCUUGCUCGCUAGCUAGGCAACUACGGCUAAUUUACAGUUACGUCAAAAAGUUCAGCCAGAAUAACAGCAAAGUAGCUGCAUUUGCAUUUAUUUAAGCUGUUUUCUAGUGACUUUUAUUUGGAUACAUCAUAACAAUGAGCUAAUGAGGCGCGAUUUCACCUGGCAUAGAGAAUGUGCUCUCUCGUCAGGACACUUGUUCCGAGGAGCUAGUCAACAACACAGCUACAGUAACACAAUCACUUCAAACUGAAGCUGGAAAGACUGCACAUUAGCUGUGUUUUGUUUUACCUUUUUUCAAUGGACUUUUUGUUGUUAUAUACAUCCAUAAAAAUGAUGCCAGCUGAUUCAUGAUUUCGACUGGCUGAGAAACGCUGCCUGCCUUUCUGUCUCUUCCCGACACGUUCAAUAAUACACACAUCCCUGAUUAGACAUUUAUGAACAUAAUACGUCCAGUAUUGUACUGGCUGUUUGUCUUAGACUUCCUGACUGAUGUCUGACUUGUUUGCAUGUCAUCUCCCGCCACCAGAAGAGGCGCUCUAACCGCCAGGUGAAGAGGAAGAAGUACACAGAGGAUCUGGACAUCAAAAUCACUGACGACGAGGAUGAGCCAGAGGAGGACGUGGACGUAACCACGACGGCAGCGGUGCCGUCUAUUACCGGAGGAGCAGCAGGGCAGCUGAUGGGGGAGCAGCUCAAACAGGAGCUGCAGUUGGACGGGGACAGCCUUUCCAGCAUGCAGUUCUUUGUGGUGAGUGGGAGAUCUAAUCAAGUUGGGUCUGUUCUGUUCAGUGAGUUUUGUUUAUCACAUGCACAUGACAGCUGUAUAACGUAUAUCAUUUCCUGUAUCACAGGAAAACCCCAAUGAGGAAGAUGCAGCAAUUGUAGACAAAGUUUUGUCCAUGAGGUUAACUAAAAAAGAGGUGAGUGUGCUUACUGUGCUAUUUAUUUAUUCUGUUGAUUUUAAGAAGUUGCAAAUCAUUAUGUAUCAUGUUUGUUCCUCUCUUCAUAUUUUAAAGGUGUCUCCAGGACAGUAUAUAAAUGCUGAGGAAUUCUUUGUCAAAUAUAAGAACUAGUAAGUCUCACUGUCUUUCCUUGUGUUCAUUAGACUUUGGUUUGCUAAUCCCUGAUGACGGUCUAUUGACUGAAGUACUGGUGUGAGAUCCAUGAAAUUGUUUGUGGAGUAUCCAUAGCUAACCCCUAACCCUCCUGUUCCCCCUCUCAGCUCCUACAUGCACUGUGAGUGGGCCACUCUGCAGCAGCUGGAGAGAGACAAGAGGAUCCAUCAGAAGCUGAAGAGAUUCAAGAUCAAACAUGCACAAAUGAGACUCCUCUUACAGGAGGUAAGGGAAUGAUAUGGCCUCUUUCACAGAAAAGUGGUAGCCCUCCGAUUGACAAGUAGAUGGGAAUGUGUAUAGAGAUGUAACUACAGGGAUCAUAGUCGUUGUGUCAUUUGUGUCUUCUCCUUUCUGUGCCCCUGUCCCCAGGAGGAGGAGCCCUUCAACCCAGACUAUGUGGAGGUGGACCGGAUCCUGGACGAGUCCAACAGUGUGGACAAGGACAAUGGAGAGGUAAGAGAAGUCAAUAACAUAGGAGCCCUGUGAGGGUACAGCACUCAUGCCUGACUAAAGGACAAAUCUUGAAAUCUGUUCUUGUAAACCAUGAAUUGAUCUCAUUGUGAAAAUUCAGAGUUAGGAUUAUUUGUCUCUAAUAGUGUAUUGUAUCUCCUCAGCCAGUGGUGUAUUACUUGGUGAAGUGGUGCUCUCUGCCCUAUGAAGACGCCACCUGGGAGCUGAGGGAGGAUGUGGAUGCGGACAAGGUGGAGGAGUUUAGGAAGAUCCAGGACCGCCAACCUCAGCUCAAGAGAACGGUGAGUGUCAGAUGCUGUGUGUGGGUAUUCACUGGCUGUGUGUGGGUAUUCACUGGUCGUGUGUGGGUAUUCACUGGUCGUGUGUGGGUAUUCACUGGUCGUGUGUGGGUAUUCACUGGUCGUGUGUGGGUAUUCACUGGUCGUGUGUGGGUAUUCACUGGUCGUGUGUGGGUAUUCACUGGUCGUGUGUGGGUAUUCACUGGUCGUGUGUGGGUAUUCACUGGUUGUGUGUGUUCACCACGUUCCAUGUGAGUGCCACUGCUCUAGUCUCCUAUGUCAUCAUUCCUCAGUCUAAACCAUUAACUCCUCUCAUUAGCCCCGACCCCAAGCGGCUGCAUGGAAGAAGCUGGAGGAAUUCCGAGAGUACAAGAGUGGGAACGUACUCCGAGAAUACCAGCUAGAAGGAGUCAACUGGCUGCUCUUCAACUGGUACAACAGGUACUGACAUUUUCUUUACGUGCUUUUGAAUGCAUUUCAUACAUAUACACACGCGCACACACACACUACCGUUCAAAAGUUUGGGGUCACUUAGAAAUGUCCUUGUUUUCGAAAGAAAAGCAAUUGUUUUGUCCAUUAAAAUAACAUCAAAUUGAUCAGAAAUACAGUGUAGACACUGUUAAUGUUGUAAAUGGCUAUUGUAGCUGGAAACGGCUGAUUUUGAAUGGAAUAUCUACAUAGGCGUAGAGGCGCAUUAUCAGCAACCAUCAGUCCUGUGUUCCAAUGGCACGUUGUGUUUGCUAAUCCAAGUUUAUCAUUUUAAAAGGCUAAUUGAUCAUUAGAAAACCCUUUUGCAAUUAUGUUAGCACAGCUGAAAACUGUUGUGCUGAUUUAAAGAAGCAAUAUAACUGGCCUUCUUGAGAUUAGUUGAGUAUCUGGAGCAUCAGCAAUUGUGGGUUCGAUUACAUGCUCAAAAUGGCCAGAAACAAAUAAUUUUCUUCUGAAACUCGUCAGUCUAUUCUUGUUCUGAGAAAUGAAGGCUAUUCCAUGCGGGAAAUUGCCAAGAAACUGAAGAUCUCGUGCAACGCUGUGUACUACUCCCUUCACAGAACAGCGCAAACUGGUUCUAACCAGAAUAGAAAGAGGAGUGGGAGGCCCCGGUGAACAACUGAGCAAGAGGACAAAUACAUUAGUGUCUAGUUUGAGAAACGGAUGCCUCACAGGUCCUCAACUGGCAGCUUCAUUAAAUAGUACUCGCAAAACACCAGUCUCAACGUCAACAGUGAAGAGGCGACUCCGGGAUGCUGACCUUCUAGACAGAGUUGCAAAGAAAAAGCCAUAUCUCAGACUUCCAAUAAAAAGAAAAGAUUAAGAUGGGUAAAAGAACACCGACACUGGAAAGAGGAAGAUUGGGAAAAAGUGUUAUGGACAGAUGAAUCGAAGUUUGAGGUGUUCGGAUCACAAAGAAUAACAUUUGUGAGACGCAGACCAAAUGAAAAGAUGCUGGAGGAGUGCUUGAUGCCAUCUGUCAAGCAUGGUGGAGGCAAUGUGAUGGUCUGGGGGUGCUUUGGUGGUGGUCAAUUGGAGGUGUACCUGUGGAUGUAUUUCAAGGCCUACCUUCAAACUCAGUGCCUCUUUGCUUGACAUCAUGAGAAAAUCAAAAUAAAUCAGCCAAGACCUCAGAAAAAAAUGUGUAGACCUCCACAAGUCUGGUUCAUCCUUGGGAGCAAUUUAUAAACACCUGAAGGUACCACGUUCAUCUGUACAAACAAUAGUACGCAAGUAUAAACACCAUGGGACCACGCAGCCGUCAUACCGCUAACGAAGGAGACGCGUUCUGUCUCCUAGAGAUGAACGUACUUUGGUGCGAAAAGUGCAAAUCAAUCCCAGAACCACAGCAAAGGACCUUGUGAAGAUGCUGAAGGAAACAGGUACAAAAGUAUCUACAUCCACAGUAAAACGAGUCUAAUAUUGACAUAACCUGAAAGGCCGCUCAGCAAGGAAGAAUACACUGCUCCAAAACCGCCAUAAAAAGCACUGCACAUGGGGACAAAGAUCAUACUUUUUGUUUGGAGGAAAAAGGGUGGCAUUGCAAGCUGAAGAACACCAUCCCAACCGUGAAGCACGGGGGUGGCAGCAUCAUGCUGUGGGGGUGCUUUGCUGCAGGAGGGACUGGUGCACUUCACAAAAUAGAUGGCAUCAUGAGGAAGGAAAAUUAUGUGGAUAUAUUGAAGCAACAUCUCAAGACAUCAGUCAUGAAGUUAAAGCUUGGUCACAAAUGGGUCUUCCAAAUGGACAAUGACCCCAAGCAUACUUCCAAAGUUGUGGCAAAAUGGCUUAAGGACAACAAAGUCAAGGUAUUGGAGUGGCCAUCACAAAGCCCUGACCUCAAUUAUAUAGAACAUUUGUGGGCAGAACUGAAAAAGUGUGUGCGAGCAAGGAGGCCUACAAACCUGACUCAGUUACACCAGCUCUGUCAGUAGGAAUAGGCCAAAAUUCACCCAACUUAUAGUGGGAAGCUUGUGGAAGGCUACCCGACACGUUUGACCCAAGUUUAAAGGCAAUGCUUCCAAAUACUAAUUGAGCGUAUGUAAACUUCUGACCCACUGGGAAUGUGAUGAAAGAAAUAAAGCUGAAAUAAAUCAUUCUCUCUACUAUUAUUAUGACAUUUCACGUUCUUAAAAUAAAGUGGUGAUCCUAACUGACCUAAGACAGGGAAUUUGUACUAGGAUUUAAUGUCAGGAAUUGUGUGAAACUGAGUUUAAAUGUACAGUGGGGGAAAAAAGUAUUUAGUCAGCCACCAAUUGUGCAAGUUCUCCCACUUAAAAAGAUGAGAGAGGCCUGUAAUUUUCAUCAUAGGUACACGUCAACUAUGACAGACAAAAUGAGGGGGGGAAAAAUCAAGAAAAUCACACUGUAGGAUUUUUAAUGAAUCUAUUUGCAAAUUAUGGUGGAAAAUAAGUAUUUGGUCAAUAACAAAAGUUUCUCAAUACUUUGUUAUGUACCCUUUGUUGGCAAUGACACAGGUCAAACGUUUUCUGUAAGUCUUCACAAGGUUUUCACACACUGUUGCUGGUAUUUUGGCCCAUUCCUCCAUGCAGAUCUCCUCUAGAGCAGUGAUGUUUUGGGGCUGUCGCUGGGCAACACAGACUUUCAACUCCCUCCAAAGAUUUUCUAUGGGGUUGAGAUCUGGAGACUGGCUAGCCACUCCAGGACCUUGAAUGCUUCUUACGAAACCACUCCUUCGUUGCCCGGGCGGUGUGUUUGGGAUCAUUGUCAUGCUGAAAGACCCAGCCACGUUUCAUCUUCAAUGCCCUUGCUGAUGGAGGAGUUUUCACUCAAAAUCUCACGAUACAUGGCCCCAUUCAUUCUUUCCUUUACACGGACCAGUCGUCCUGGUCCCUUUGCAGAAAAACAGCCCCAAAGCAUGAUGUUUCCACCCCCAUGCUUCACAGUAGGUAUGGGUGUUCUUUGGAUGCAACUCAGCAUUCUUUGUCCUCCAAACACGACGAGUUGAGUUUUUACCAAAAAGUUUAUAUUUUGGUUUCAUCUGACCAUAUUACAUUCUCCCAAUCCUCUUCGGGAUCAUCCAAAUGCUCUCUAGCAAACUUCAGACGGGCCUGGACAUGUACUGGCUUAAGCAGGGGGACACAUCUUGCACUGCAGGAUUUGAGUCCCUGGCGGCGUAGUGUGUUACUGAUGGUAGGCUUUGUUACUUUGGUCCCAGCUCUCUGCAGGUCAUUCACUAGGUCCCGCCGUGUGGUUCUGGGAUUUUUGCUCACCGUUCUUGUGAUCAUUUUGACCCCACGGGGUGAGAUCUUGCGUGGAGCCCCAGAUCGAGGGAGAUUAUCAGUGGUCUUGUAUGUCUUCCAUUUCCUAAUAAUUGCUCCCACAGUUGAUUUCUUCAAACCAAGCUGCUUACCUAUUGCAGAUUCAGUCUUCCCAGCCUGGUGCAGGUCUACAAUUUUGUUUCUGGUGUCCUUUGACAGCUCUUUGGUCUUGGCCAUAGUGGAGUUUGGAGUGUGACUGUUCGAGGUUGUGGACAGGUGUCUUUUAUACUGAUAACAAGUUCAAACAGGUGCCAUUAAUACAGGUAAGGAGUGGAGGACAGAGGAGCCUCUUAAAGAAGAAGUUACAGGUCUGUGAGAGCCAGAAAUCUUGCUUGUUUGUAGGUGACCAAAUACUUAUUUUCCACCAUAAUUUGCAAAUAAAUUCAUUAAAAAUCCUACAAUGUGAUUUUCUGGAUUUUUUUUCUCAAUUUGUCUGUCAUAGUUGACGUGUACCUAUGAUGAAAAUUACAGGCCUCUCAUCUUUUUAAGUGGGAGAACUUGCGCAAUUGGUGGCUGACUAAAUACUUUUUUCCCCCACUGUAGUUGGCUAAGGUGUAUGUAAACUUCCGACUUCCACUAAUAUAUACAGUGGUGUGAAAGUGUUUGCCCCCUUUCUGAUUUGUUAUUUGUUUGCAUGUUUGUCACACUUAAAUGUUUCAGAUCAUCAAACAAAUGUAAAUAUUAGUCAAAGAUAACAAGUAAACACAAAAUGCAGUUUUAAAAUGAAGGUUGUUAUUAUUAAGGGAAAACAAAAUCCAAACCUACAUGGCCCCGUGUGAAAAAGGGUCCUCUGUAGCUCAAUUGGUAGAGCAUGGCGCUUGUAACGCCAGGGUAGCGGGUUCGAUCCCCGGGACCACUCAUACGUAAAAAUGUAUGCACACAUGACUGUAAGUCGCUUUGGAUUAAAAGCGUCUGCUAAAUGGCUUAUUAUUAUAAUAUAUAUAUAUAUCACACACACACACACACACACAACACACACACACGUGUGUGUAUACAGUGGGGAGAACAAGUAUUUGAUACACUGCCGAUUUUGCAGGUUUUCCUACUUAAAAAGCAUGUAGAGGUCUGUAAUUUUUUCAUAGGUACACUUCAACUGUGAGAGACGGCAUCUAAAAAAUCCAGAAAAUCACAUUGUAUGAUUUUUAAGUAAUUAAUUUGCAUUUUAUUGCAUGACAUAAGUAUUUGAUACAUCAGAAAAGCAGAACUUAAUAUUUGGUACAGAAACCUUUGUUUGCAAUUACAGAGAUCAUACGUUUCCUGUAGUUCUUGACCACACACUGCAGCAGGGAUUUUUGGCCCACUCCUCCAUACAGACCUUCUCCAGAUCAUCCAGGUUUCGGGGCUGUCGCUGGGCAAAACUGAUUUUCAGCUCCUUCCAAAGAUUUUCUAUUGGGUUCAGGUCUGGAGACUGGCUAGGCCACUCCAGAACCUUGAGAUGCUUCUUACGGAGCCACUCCUUAGUUGCCCUGGCUGUGUUUUGGGUCGUUGUCAUGCUGGAAGACCCAGCCACGACCCAUCUUCAAUGCUCUUACUGAGGGAAGGAGGGUUGUUGGCCAAGAUCUCGCGAUACAUGGCCCCAUCCAUCCUCCCCUCAAUACGGUGCAGUCGUCCUGUCCCCUUUGCAGAAAAGCAUCCCCAAAGAAUGAUGUUUCCACCUCCAUGCUUCACGGUUGGGAUGGUGUUCUUGGGGUUGUACUCAUCCAUCUUCUUCCUCCAAACACGGCGAGUGGAGUUUAGACCAAAAAGUUAUAUUUUUGUCUCAUCAGACCACAUUACCUUCUCCCAUUCCUCCUCUGGAUCAUCCAGAUGGUCAUUGGCAAACUUCAGACGGGCCUGGACAUGCGCUGGCUUGAGCAGGGGGACCUUGCGUGCGCUGCAGGAUUUUAAUCCAUGACGGCGUAGUGUGUUACUAAUGGUUUUCUUUGAGACUGUGGUCCCAGCUCUCUUCAGGUCAUUGACCAGGUCCUGCCGUGUAGUUCUGGGCUGAUCCCUCACCUUCCUCAUGAUCAUUGAUGCCCCACGAGGUGAGAUCUUGCAUGGAGCCCCAGACCGAGGGUGAUUGACUGUCAUCUUGAACUUCUUCCAUUUUCUAAUCAUUGUGCCAACAGUUGUUGCCUUCUCACCAAGCUGCUUGCCUAUUGUCCUGUAGCCUAUCCCAGCCUUGUGCAGGUCUACAAUUUUAUCCCUGAUGUCCUUACACAGCUCUCUGGUCUUGGCCAUUGUGGAGAGGUUGGAGUCUGUUUGAUUGAGUGUGUGGACAGGUGUCUUUUAUACAGGUAACGAGUUCAAACAGGUGCAGUUCAUACAGGUAAUGAGUGGAGAACAGGAGGGCUUCUUAAAGAAAAACUAACAGGUCUGUGAGAGACGGAAUUCUUACUGGUUGGUAGGUGAUCAAAUACUUAUGUCAUGCAAUAAAAUGCCAAUUGAAGUGUACCUAUGAUAAAAAAUUACAGACCUCUACAUGCUUUGUAAGUAGGAAAACCUGCAAAAUCGGCAGUGUAUCAAAUACUUGUUCUCCCCACUGUAUAUACAAAAGUAUGUGGAUUCCAUACUGCCUCUGGAAGCAACAUCAGCAAAAUAAUCUGGGUUUGGCAGAUACCAGGAGAAUGCUACCUGCCCGAAUGCAUAGUGCCAACUGUAAAAUUUGGUGGAGGAGGAAUAAUGGUCUGGGUCAGGGAAAUCUUAACGCUACAGCAUACAAUGACGCUUCCAACUUUGUGGCAACAGUUUGGGGAAGGCCGUUUCCUGUUUCAGCAUGGCAAUGCCCCCGUGCACAAAGUGAGGUCCAUACAGAAAUGGUUUGUCGAGAUCAGUGUGGAAGAACUUGACUGGCUUGCACACAGCCCUGACCUCAACCCCAUCGAACACCUUUGGGAUUAAUUGGAAUGCCAACUGCGAGCCAGGCCUAAUCGCCCAACAUCAGUGCCUGACCUCACUAAUGCUCUUGUGGCUGAAUGGAAGCAAGUCCCUGCCGCAAUGUUCCAGCAUCUAGUUGAAUGUCUUCCCAGAAGAGUGGAGGCUGUUAUAGCAGUAAAGGGGGGUACCAACUCCAUAUUAAUGCCCAUGAUUCUGGAAUGAGAUGUUCAACGAGCAGGUGUCCACAUACAUUUUGGUCAUGUAGUGUAUAAUUUUUCCCAUGAUUCUUCUAAUGUACUGUAAGAACAAUAAAUUAUCUUUAUGAGGUCAACCAACCACUUUUUAUCUCAAUUCAAAAAUAGUCAACUGCAUGGCAAAACAAAGCUCUGGUUUUCACUCAAUAUAACAAAGUAGGCAUUAAUAAUCAUCCAGUCAUUAACCAAAUAUGUUAAUAUCAUUAUAUUCUAAAAUAAAGUGAGGUUAAUUUAAGAUAAAAUUCUUCAAAAUUGUCCUCAAAUAAGAUAAAUAGCCAAUCACCACCACCUGGUUUAUAGUGUGAACCCUGUAUACUCAUCCGUCUGCCAUUGUGUAACCACUUGAUGCCUUGUUCAUCACAGAAAGAGUCACAUAAAAAGACUGGUACAUUAAAUAAAUACAAUUAGCAUAUGCAAAUAUGGAGCAACAAAACAUAAUUGCAUGUUGUUGAUAUAGUUUCAGGAUGUGUAACUAUCUUUAUGUUGAUGUCAAUAGGCAGGGAAGGUUUCUUUGAAAAUACAGUACAUUUUCCAUGGAGAUCAUUAUCUUCCCUGCAUGUCACUACAUCGCAGUUAAAGAAACGAUCAGUACUACCUGACAGUACCCUUGGGGAGAACUAGUGUAUAACUGUGGGCGACCUUACACUAUAUUUUAAACACAUACUCCCAAUGCUUAAUCGAAGCCUCGUUAUAUCAUGUUGAAGUUACUGCAGUACUGCAAAAGCUACAUAAUUUCAUAAGUCUUUCUUUUAAGUUGGUGUACCAGGGCCUACAGAAGCUCUGUAACAAAGGCUAUGGGCUAACUGACACUAAAAUGGACCGAUUCGUUAUCAGAGUAUGAUAGUGAGAGUUAGAGUCUCAACCUCAUGGUUUUGAUAUUGAGACCACUAAGGACCACAUUGGUCUGGGUGUCCGUGCCCAAAAUGUCUGGAUCUGUGACUCAGAACCCAAUGUUCUGGUCUGGGUCUGGACUAAUGGCUUUGGACAAGAUGGUUUUAGUACUAUCUAAACUCAUGGUUAAGAUAUAUCGCCCAAAACCUCCUCUUGCCAGUGUUAUGUGGCCAAGAAGGAAUGAUUAAACACACAAGUGCCAGGGCGCCUUGCUUCCCUAAUGUGUGAGCUUGUUGGGCAUGAAUGGCUAAUGUUUAGGAAUAAGAUGCCUUUUUUUGCAGACUUUUUACAUUGGUCUUGGUCUGGAUCUCAUUUAAACAUUUUAACUGGUCUUGAGCUUGCCACAGUUUCGAAACACAUGGUCUUGUUCUGGGUCUGAGUAUCAAGAGGUUGGGUCUUGGUCUGAGUCUCAAGGGGUCUUCAACAAAUCUUAGCUCCAUCUCUGAUAAGCAUACAAACAGACCCACCUACAAAGGCCAGGGGAGCAGUGGUUCCCCUGGGAUGGCCAGGCAAAAGGAUGACCACAAACAAUGGCAACAGGUGUGUCUAGUGGCUUCUGUAAUGAUGAUGCUGAUGAGUGAUGGAUUGUCUUGAUAUGAGUAAUAAUAAGUAACAUUUGGCAAUGCAUAGCUCACAAAUUUGUCUCCAUUUUAUAACCUACGAUCUUUAGCAGAAUCUCUGCUGACAGAGUUGGAUUGCUUGUACUUGUGCUCGAAGGUCAGUAUAAUCAAUGCCAAAAUCAUGUCUUAAUUCAUUAAACACAAGAGUCUGGCACAAUGUUUCACCUUGAUAAUUGUUGUUGACAAAUCAACACAGACCCUUAUUAGUAGUGCAGUGGUCCGUGUUAAAAACAGCCAUUUACACCAGUUUGUAAGACAGCCACAGUUUUUUCAUGAUGACUAUGCAGAGAGAGAUACACUUGAAAAUACAAAAAUACUCACAUUAAUGUCGUUUACAAUGUUUUGAUUGCGCCCGAUAAAGGAAGCUUGCUGACGUGAAUAAGAAUGCAAAUUGAAAUUGAUUAUCAAGUAAGUUUCUUCAGCAUAAGUAGCUUGCUUUGAGUGAUUAAUGGGCUCGGCCAUUGAUUUCCUUUUGUUUAGAUCUUUGUUAACUUUCUAGAGGCACAAUUAUAUUUUGUUUCCAACAAUAAACCCAAUCUAGCUGGAGCAAAUGAAAUCUUCCAACAGGCUCUUCACAGUUAUUUUACAUAUUUUCAACUGGAUAGUUAUUAUCACAAGGCACUUGCAAAAAAAUUGUUUUCAGUUUUUAUUAAUUAAAUUCUUGAUUAAAUGUUGUUUUCUACAGAAUAUUAGGUGUGAGAUUGGGAAGGGUUGUUGUUUAUAGAAUUAUAGAAGACUUGACAUGUAAGGGUCACCCAUUGUGCCAAUGGUUAAAUCUUGAUACGGUAAGUACAAAAAGCUGUAUAUCACAUGGUAGGACAUUUCUGAUGAGUUAUCUACCUAGCACAUAUUUCAGAUUGCUGUGAAUGAGAGAGAGAGAGAUUUCUGUAUAUUUGUUCAAGGAACAGCCAGUCUUGCUUUUUUGAAUAACAUCACAAAAGGUAUUUGAUACAUUCUGAGUUGUCUCAAUACAAUGUACUAUCGAUAUUUGCAAGUCAAAUGCUACUAUUCAGAUUACUUCAUCAAAGGGCUUUCGCCUUAUUCUUUCAGAUUUAGCACUUUGAAAACUUCCACAGAUCCAGACAUUUAUACUUCCUGAUUUCUUGCAUCAUCUCUCCAAGAUAGUGAUAAUACGAUUUCUGUGUUUUUUGCUGUUGAGAAACAAACUGGAUUAUGAACAGAUCACUACAUAAACAGCUUUCUAAAAGGAGGCAGCUAUUUUAAAAGAGGCUGAAGAAAUGCAAAGAGGGAUUUGAAUUUAUUCCAGCAAGUGAAAGGUUCUUUUGAGAGGGGAUUUCAGCAAAGAUGAUGGUAUUUAAAAGUGAUAAACACGCAUCUAAACCUCCAGUGAAAAACAGUCAUUCUGACACCUUUUCUCGCCCUACAGGCAGAACUGUAUCCUGGCCGAUGAGAUGGGUCUAGGGAAGACCAUCCAGUCCAUCUCUCUGCUGUCCGAGGUGUUUGGUGCCGGGGUCCAGGGCCCCUUCCUGGUCAUUGCCCCCCUCUCCACCAUCACCAACUGGGAGAGGGAGUUCGCCACCUGGACCGACAUGAAUGCCAUCGUCUACCACGGCAGCCUGGCCAGCAGGCAGAUGAUCCAGCAGUACGAGAUGUACUGCAAGGAUGACAAGGUGUGUGUCUGUCUUGCAUUUUGUUUGUGGAACCUCAGAACAGAAGAAUGGAUUACAGUGGUUGAGUACUAGUAUAAUGCAGUAGGACCGGUCGGAAGACAUUGAUUCUCUCAUGUUUAGAUUCUUGGUACAUCGACAGCUAGCUCCUCUAACUAGUGUUGUAUUACAUUUUCUCUGUAGGACCAUCUGAUCCCAGGGGCAUAUAAAUUUGAUGCCCUGAUCACAACGUUUGAAAUGAUUCUUUCCGACUGCCCUGAGCUGAGGGAGAUCUCCUGGCGCUGUGUGAUCAUUGACGAAGCUCACCGCCUCAAGAACCGCAACUGCAAGCUGCUGGACAGCCUCAAGAUGCUGGACCUGGUGAGUCAUCGGGAUAGAAUCUAGCCCUUAGUCUAUCAGACCCACGCUAGCCGACAUCCGCAUAGCGGUUGUUUUGGCAUGUCGGAGGUGGAACUGCAUUAGAUCUGUCAAAUCCACAAGCAGCUCCUUGUGUUACCUUAUCGCGGACACUGCCAUUGGAUGCAACCAAACCACUCCCGACUUAAUAUCCGACAAAUCCCAUGCAGAAGUUAAUGCAGCCGCGUAACAAGUUCAAACACUCAAAUGCAUGACGUUCUAUUGCCUACUACACCUUGAUUAGACUGAUAGGCUUUAAAUCCCCCCCCAUCCAAAUUAACAUAACAUGCAUUAUUUCCAUCAUCGAUAGUCGACACUUUCUGUCGCCAUUUAUAAACUUCUAAUGCAGUAGGGAAAAUAAGGAAGGGAGUGGUUGGUGACACACGAGCAGCCGCUUUCUGAUUUGUCAGCUCAUACCGCAGUUACACCUCCAACACCACCAAAACAUCCACUAUGCAGAUGUCAGCCAAUGCAGGGUGACAAAUGUAUUACUUGUGAUCUGACAACAUUGGUCUUUUGUAUCAAGAAAGAGACCGAUUUAACUCCCUUUCCUGUAUUGCCCAUCUUUCUCUCUCCUCCUCCACACUGUGUUCCUGUCCUCCCUGGUUCUCAGGAGCAUAAGGUGCUUCUGACAGGUACUCCCCUCCAGAACACAGUGGAGGAGCUCUUCAGUCUGCUGCAUUUCCUUGAGCCAGCUCAGUUCUCCUCAGAGUCAGAGUUCCUACGUGACUUUGGAGACCUCAAAACAGAGGAGCAGGUCCAGAAGCUCCAAGCUAUUCUGAAGCCUAUGAUGCUGCGCAGACUCAAAGAGGAUGUGGAGAAGAACUUGGCGCCAAAACAAGAGACCAUCAUUGAGGUAAGACUUUAUGGAUAAUAUUGCACCAUGGAACCAAGGCGACCUUGUAUAUGAGCAUAAUAUUAUUUUUGGUAAUGGACCAUAACCAUCGAGCUCAAUACAACAGGUGGAGCUGACAGAUGUGCAGAAGAAAUACUACCGGGCCAUCCUAGAGAGGAACUUUAGUUUCCUCAGCAUGGGAGCCACCAGCAACAGUAACGUCCCCAAUCUGCUCAACACCAUGAUGGAGCUACGCAAGUGCUGCAACCACCCCUACCUCAUCACAGGUACCUCACCUCACACCAACACUACACUACAUGUCAAUACCCUUCCUCCUCUAAAAACACAACCCCAAUAGCAUCUUAAUGCUGCUAUCACUUGACCACAGGUUCUGUUGAACUAACAUCAGUCCAACACAUCAUCUAUAUACUUCUGUCUUCAUACCUUUCCCAGGAUGUUAUGGUAUACCAUGUUAUAAUAACCCCUGUUCUCUGUUCUGUCCAGGGGCGGAGGAGUCUAUUGUGGCUGAGUUGAGGGAGGUGUACGACCCCAUGGUCCCAGACUUCCACCUGCAGGCCCUGGUGAGAUCUGCAGGCAAGCUGGUCUUGCUGGACAAACUGCUGCCUCGCCUGAAGGCCGGGGGACACAAGGUGCUCAUCUUCUCCCAGAUGGUGCGCUGCCUGGAUAUCCUGGAGGACUACCUCAUCAACAAGAGGUAUGAAGGUCUAGAUAGACUACCUCAUCAACAAGAGGUAUAGACGGGUUAGCUGACAACGUCAAGAAAACGAUGCCCGCGAUUCAAUGGGGCAGAUAUCCUUGGUUUGUGAUUCUGGAUAGCCAGAUAGCUAGCAACAAUGACAAGAAGCUGCCAUGUUGUGGCUCGUUUCAACUAGUUUUCGGUUGUUCUUGAUACCAUGUCUUGUUUUUUGAGGUGUUAUGACUGAUGUCAUGUUUAUGCUAAUAUGGCUCAAAUUCACUAGCUAGCUAACCAACUGUAAUGAUGUGUUUGAGACAACAAAUGUGAAAUGUAUUUCAUAUCAAAUUGUAUUUAUCACAUGCACCGAAUGCAACAGGUGUAGACCUUUACAUUUACAUUUGAGUAAUUUAGCAGACGCGCUUAUCCAGAGCGACUUAGUUAGUGCAUUCAUCGUAAGAUAGCUAGGUGGGACAACUGUGAAAUGCUUACUUACGAGCCCUUAACCAACAAUGCAGUUUUUUAAAAAGUAAGUAAGAAAAAUUUGCUAAACUAAAGGAAAAAUAGUAACAUAAUAAAUAACAAUAACGAGGAUAUAUACAAAGGGGUACUGGUACCAAGUCAAUAUGCAGGGGUACAGGUUUUACGAGGUAAUAUAUACAUGUAGGUAGGGGUAAAGUGACUAUGCAUAGGUAAUAAACAGAGAGUAGCAGCAGCGUGUGUGUGGCGUCAAUAUUCGUGUGUGUGUGUUGGAGUGUCAGUGUGUGUGGUUAGUCUAGUGAGUGUACAUCGAGCCGGUGCAAGAGUCAGUUAAAACAAUUAUAAUAAAUAAUAAUAAAAGAAGGGGGUCAAUGCAAAUAGUCUGGGUAGCCAUUUGAUUAACAGUUCAGCAGUCUUAUGGCUUGGGGGUAUAAGCUGUUAAGGAGCCUUUUGGUCCAAUACUUGGCGCUCCGGUACCGUGUGGUAGCAGAGAGAACAGUGUGACUUCGGUGGCUGGAUUCUUUGACCAUUUUUAGGACCUUCCUCUGACACUGCCUGGUAUAGAGGUCCUGGAUGGAAGGAAGCUCGGCCCCAGUGAUAUACUGGGCCGUACGCACUACCCUCUGUGGCGCCUUGGGGUCAGAUGCCGAGCAGUUGCCAUACCAAUCGGUUAUGCAAGCAGUCAGGAUGCUCUCGAUUGUGUGGCUGUAGAACAUUUUGAGGAUCUGAGGUCCCAUGCCAAAUAUUUUCAGCCUCCUGAGGGGGAAGAGGCGUUGUCAUGCCCUCUUCACGACUGUGUUGGUGUGUUUGGACCAUGAAAGGUUCUUAGUGAUGUGGACACCAAGGAACAUGAAGCGCUCGACCCGCUCCACUACAGCCCCGUUGAUGUGAAUGGGGGCGUGCUCUGCCCUCAUCUUCCUGUAGUCCACGAUCCGCUCCUUUGUCUUGCUCACGUUGAGGGAGAGGUUGUUGUCCUGGCACCACACUGGAGGUCUCUGACCUCCUCCCUACGGGGCGGUAGUAAUUUAGCCAGGUUACCUUGGCGUUCAUGGGCACAGGGACUAUGGUGGUCUGUAGGGUUGGGUAAUGUCUGGAAUGACACAUCGUCCCAUCGACCUGUCCAAACAUCGUUGAUAUACUAUUGUAUCGUCUCUUUAAAAAAAAAAAAAAUGUAUUUAUUUAUUUAUUUAUCCGUGGGGGGGUACGUCGUUCCAUUGCCUAGCAAUGCAUUAAACGAGCUGUAAUGCAGCCUGUCAUGCACAAACCACCCAUUUUAAAGUCUAAUCAUUAGACUACAAUGUGGAAAUCAUCUUACCAAUAGUGUAUUUUCUUGUGUGCAAAUAAAUAAAUAUACUGAACAAAAAUAUAAAUUCAACAUGUAAAGUGUUGGUCCCAUGUUUCAUGAGCUGAAAUUAAAGAUCUCAAAAAUGUUCCAUUCGCACACAAAAAUUAUUUCAGCUUUGCCAAGAUAAUCCAUCCACCUGCCAGGUGUGGCAUAUCAAGAAUCUGAUUAAACAGCAUGACCAUUACACAGGUGCACCUUGUGCUGGGUACAAUAAAAGGCCACUCUUGUGCAGUUUUGUCACACAACACAAUGCCACAGAUGUCUCAAGUUUUGAGGGAGCGUGCAAUUGGCCUGCUGACUGCAGGAAUGUCCACCAGAGCUGUUGCCAGAUAAUUGAAUGUUCAUUUCUCUACCAUACGCCGCCUCUGUUGUUUUAGAGAAUUUGGCAGCACUUGGCAGCACGUCCAACCGGCCUCACAACCGCAGACCACAUGUAACCACGCCAGUCCAGGACCUCCACAUCCAGCUUCUAAACCUGCGGGAUCUUCUUAGACCAGCCUCCCAGACAGCUGGUGAAACUGAGGACUAUUUCUGUCUGUAAUAAAGCCCUUUUGUGGGGAAAAACGUAUUCUGAUUGGCUGGGCCUUACUCCCCAGUGGGUGGGACUGGCUCCCAAGUGGGUGGGCUUAUGGCCUCCCAGGCCCACCCAUGGCUGUGCCCCUGCCCAGUAAUGUGAAAUUCAUAGAUUAGGGCCUAAUGAAUUUGUUUCAAUUGACAGAUGUUCCUUAUAUGAACUGUAACUCAGCAAAAUCGUUGAAAUUGUUGCGUUUUAUAUUUUUGUUCAGUAUAAAUAAAUGUAAACUAAUCUCAUGGUGAUAUGUGGUACCGAUAACUAACUUUGAAUGGUGAUUUGGAACAAACAUUGUAGGCCUAGAAUGUGUUACGAGACCCUUUCAAUGGUGAUUUCGGACUAUUUCAACUGAGAUCGAGUGCAGAUGUUCACCAUAGAAGACUUCACUGGGCAGUCUUCUUGGGAGAGCAAAGCAAACACUCCCACUCAAUUACGCAAGAGCAGGCCAGCGCAGAGCUCACAUUCUACCUACUUUAAGAUGUAAUCAGAGGAGAUGAUGACCCACUGGCAUGGUGGAGAGGGAAUGAGGGUCGCUUUCAGCUCUUGGCCAAUGUUGCCCUCAUACCUCUGCAUCUGUGCAAAAAGCAUUCCGUCUGAACGUGUUUUCAGUAGGCAUACAGCAGGCAAUAUUGUUACCUUAGGUAGGUUCAUAUAUAAUGACAAAUAAAAAUGUUUUUUAUCACACUUUUUAAUUUUAUUUAUUCACAUAUGCGUCUUAUUCAAAAUAAAUGUAGCCUAGGCUGGAAUAUUCUGUUGUGUGCCUUUAAACUUAUUUGCACUAAUUUGUUUGGUUAAUUUGAUGCUUAUUUUGUUUACUUUAUUUAUUUUGUAAUUUGUAGCCUAAAUGUGGAUAAUUUUUUUGUAGGCAACAUUUAUUUUUUGUUCCUGCUUAUGUAAUAACCGUUGCGCAAUUCAAGGAUAUGAAUAAACACUUCCACAAUAAUAUAAAUGUCUCUUUAGAAGUUAAACUUGUACAAGUAACGUUUAUUGACAGUAGCCUAGUGUAGGCCUAUAUUAUUGGCUGUUUGGUUUACAAGGAUGUUCUGGCAGUACACAAUUUGUUUUUCCUAAAGCUUUGGUCAGGUGGAGGCCAGAAAAUUAAGGUUUGUUUAAACUUCCCAUUCAAAUAUUCUAUCUUGCAAUUGUUGGUUCUCUCUCAUUAUUACCGUAUCAUGUUUUUAUUAAGGCUAUUCACAAACUGCUUUCUCAGAUAGAACUCUGUUACUGGCCUCCUAGAUUCAUUUGAAAGUUGAUCAUGAAAGAUCUGCAUUUGGCGUGUCACCCGGCUGUGAGCUGCACUGUUGUGCACUGCCCGACUCCGGCGGUGCCAGUCAUGUUCAAAUAGGUUAACCUAUCUAUAUAAAAAAAUAUACAAACUAUUGUCUGUCACAUCACGAUAUUGUUGCCAUCAGCGAUGUCUGUCAAACAUCGUUGAUUUCCAAUUAUAUCGUAAUAUCGUCCAACCCUAGUGGUCUGCUUGAAACAUGUAGGUAUUACAGACUGGGUCAGGGAGAGGUUGGAAAUGUCAGUGAAGACACUUGCCAGAUGGUCAGCGCAUGCUUUGAGUACGCAUCCUGGUAAUCCCUUUGGUCCUGCAGACUUGUGAAUGUUAACCUGUUUUAAAGGUCUUACUCACAUCAGCUACGGAGAGCGUGAUCACAGUCGUCCGCAACAGCUGGUGCUCUCAUGCAUGGUUCAGUGUUGCUUGCCUUGAAGCGAGCAUAGAAGGCAUUUGGCUCGUCUGGUAGGCUCACGUCACUGGGCAGCUCACGGCUGGGCUUCCCUUUGUAAUCCGUGAUCGUUUGCAAGCCCUGGCACAUCCGACGAGCCUCAGCUGGUGUAGUAGGAUUCAAUCUUAGUCCUGUAUUUAUGCUUUCAAUAAACAUUGGAGACGAAAAAUUGUUGCCAUGUUGUCAACAAUCGAAGCCAACACUGUCUGUUUUGUCCCAUAGUUGUGCAUGUCGGUUUUGUUGCUAAACAACCAACCCGUCUAUGGAGCUGUAGAUAGACUACCUCAUCAACAAAUGAGAUGGGCAUGUUGAUGAGAACUAGAUUUUGUUGUGAAGAGUAAUCUAAAUGAGUAAGAAGUUGUCUUUAUCAUUGUUCUGCCCAGAUACCUGUACGAGCGUAUUGAUGGCAGAGUGAGAGGGAACCUGCGUCAGGCAGCCAUUGAUCGCUUCAGCAAACCAGACUCGGACCGUUUCGUCUUCCUGCUGUGUACCCGGGCUGGAGGCCUGGGCAUCAACCUGACUGCUGCUGACACCUGCGUCAUCUUUGACUCCGACUGGAACCCUCAGAAUGAUCUGCAGGUAAUGUCUGAUCUCUGACCUUUGAACCCAGGCUCUCUCUUUUGUGUAUGGGUCCUUCCAAUGUUUCAUCCUAAUUCCCUUACCACUCUGUACAAAUAGCAUCUGAUUGAUGUACUAACCCUGCCUUCUCUCAACAGGCUCAGGCGCGGUGUCACCGUAUCGGCCAGUCCAAGGCGGUGAAGGUGUACCGUCUGAUCACCAGGAACUCCUAUGAGAGGGAGAUGUUGGACAAGGCUAGCCUCAAACUGGGUCUGGACCGGGCUGUACUGCAGAGCAUGAGCAGCAACAAGGAGAGCAAUGUCAACGGAGUAAGGAGGACCGAAAUAUUGUUCGUUUUUUAAGCCUGCGGUUUGUUUGCAUGCCAACUGGUUAAUAGCUGUCUUGUUCUACCCGUUUCGCAGCAAAUCCAACAGUUCUCCAAGAAGGAGAUCGAGGACCUCCUGAGGAAGGGGGCGUACGCUGCCAUCAUGGACGAGGAGGACGAGGGCUCCAAGUUCUGCGAGGAGGACAUUGACCAGAUCCUCCAAAGGAGAGCCACCACCAUCACCAUUGAAAGCGAGGGCAAGGGCUCCACCUUCUCCAAGGCCAGCUUCGUGGCCACCGAGAACAGGACCGACAUCGCCCUGGAUGACCCCGAGUUCUGGCAGAAGUGGGCCAAGAGGGCAGACAUAGACUUUGAUUCCAUGAAUAGGAAGGUAAUGCGAACGUCUCAGGCACGUCUCCAUUCUGUGUGUGUGUGCGCUACCUUUCUCAAUGUGUUUUGUGAGAAGCAAAUUUUUCUCCCACCCUCCCUGUAGAACACUCUCGUGAUUGACACACCCAGGGUGAGGAAGCAGACCCGUCAGUUCGCUACCCUGAGGGGCGAGGGCGGGGAGAUCUCUGACCCCGACAGCGACGACGAGUAUCCGCCCGCCAAUUCCCGGCAGUCCCGGUCCUCAAGGCGAUCCGAGCGCCACACUGGAAAUGGCUACGGCCGCACCGACUGCUUCCGUGUGGAGAAACACCUGCUUGUUUACGGGUAGGUGGACCUGACUAGGGCCUUGUUUAGUUUUUUCUGGACAUGUGUAGUUAUAAUACAUAUGUGAUAGUAAAGUUAUGACAGGAUUUUCUACCAAAGCAAGCUCCACGCUAUUGUGCUGACCCCUCCUUUCUCACUGCCACCUCCUUCUUGUCCAGGUGGGGGCGCUGGAGGGACAUCCUGUCUCAUGCACGCUGUAAGCGGCGCCUCGGGGAGCAUGACGUGGAGACCAUCUGCAGGGUCAUUCUGGUCUUCUGCCUGCUGCAUUACCGUGGCGACGAGAACAUCAAGAGCUUCAUCUGGGAGCUCAUUACCCCCCCAGAGAACGGCCGGGAACCACACACACUCCUCAACCACUCUGGUAUGUACAGUUGAAGUCGGAAGUUUACAUACACCUUAGCCAAAUACGUUUAAACUCAGUUUUUCACAAUUCCUGACAUUUAAUCCUAGUAAAAAUUCCCUGUCUUAGGUCAGUUAGGAUCACCACUUUAUUUUAAGAAUGUGAAAUGUCAGAAUAAUAGUAGAGAGAAUGAUUUAUUUUCAGCUUUUAUGUCUUUCAUCACAUUCCCAGUGGGUCAGAAGUUUACAUACACUCAAUUAGUAUUUGGUAGCAUUGCCUUUAAAUUGUUUAACUUGGUCAAACGUUUCGGGUAGCCUUCCACAAGCUUCCCACAAUAAGUUGGGUGAAUUUGGGCCCAUUCCUCCUGACAGAGCUGGUGUUACUGAGUCAUGUUUGUAGGCCUCUGUGCUCGCACACGCUUUUUCAGUUCUGCCCACAGGUUUUCUAUAGGAUUUGAGGUCAGGGCUUUCUGAUGGCCACUCCAAUACCUUGACUUUGUUGUCCUUAAGACAUUUUGGCACAACUUUGGAAGUAUGCUUGGGGUCAUUGUCCAUUUGGAAGACCCAUUUGCGACCAAGCUUUAACUUCCUGACUGAUGUCUUGAGAUGUUGCUUCAAUAUAUCCACAUAAUUUUCCUUCCUCAUGAUGCCAUCUAUUUUGUGAAGUGCACCAGUCACUCCUGCAGCAAAGCACCCCCACAGCAUGAUGCUGCCACCCCUGUGCUUCACUGUUGGGAUGGUGUUCUUCAGCUUGCAAAGACCCCCUUUUUGCUCCAAACAUAACAAUGGUCAUUAUGGCCAAACAGUUCUAUUUUUGUUUCAUCAGACCAGAGGACAUUUCUCCAAAAAGUACGAUCUUUGUCCCCAUGUGCAGUUGUAAACCGUAGUCUGGCUUUUUUUAUGGCGGUUUUGGAGCAGUGGCUUCUUCCUUGCUGAGCGGCCUUUCAGGUAAUGUUGAUAUGGGACUCGUUUUACUGUGGAUAUAGAUACUUUUGUACCUUCCUCCAGCAUCUUCACAAGGUCCUUUGCUUUUGUUCUGGGAUUGAUUUGCACUUUUCGCACCAAAGUACGUUCAUCUCUAGGAGACAGAACACGUCUCCUUCCUGAGCGGUAUGACGUCUGUGUGGUCCCAUGGUGUUUAUACUUGCGUACUAUUGUUUGUACAGAUGAACGUGGUACCUUCAGGCGUUUUUGGAAAUUGCUCCCAAGGAUGAACCAGACUUGUGGAGGUCUACAAUUAUUUUUUCUGAGGUUUUGGCUGAUUUCUUUUGAUUUUCCCAUGAUGUCAAGCAAAGAGGCACUGAGUUUGAAGGUAGGCCUUGAAAUACAUCCACAGGUACACCUCCAAUUUACUCAAAUGAUGUCAGAAGCUUCUAAAGCCAUGACAUCAUUUUCUGGAAUUUUCCAAGCUGUUUAAAGGCACAGUCAACUUAGUGUAUGUAAACUUCUGACCCACUGGAAUUGUGAUACAGUGAAUUUAUAUGUGAAAUAAUCUGUCUGUAAACAAUUGUUGGAAAAAUUACUUGUGUCAUGCACAAAGUAGAUAUCCUAACCGACUUGCCAACACUAUAGUUUAACAAGAAAUGUGUGGAGUGGUUGAAAAACAAGUUUUAAUGACUCCAACCUAAGUGUAUGUAAACUUCCGACUUCAACUGUAUGACCAUUAUAGAACCACACACUCCUCAACCAUUCUGUGAAUGUGUCUUACAACCUCCAUCACCCAUUGUCUAAAUGUUUAUUGCUCUGUUCUGGAAAACUGUCUAUAUGUUUGUGUUAAUGUAUUUUCUCUCCCUUUAACGUUGCCUUCCAGGAUUGUGAGUAAAUGUGUCAAUGUGUUUCUCUGUCUAGGUCUCUCCAUCCCUGUUCCUCGGGGCAGGAAGGGGAAGAGGGUGAAGGCCCAGAGCUCCUUUGACGUUCAGAAGGUGGAGUGGAUCCACAAGUACAACCCUGACUCCCUGCUUCUGGACGACAGCUACCGCAAACAUCUCAAGCACCAGUGCAACAAGUCCGUGUGUUUUCACCCUCGACCUCUAGAGAGUACUGAAGUGUUUGUGCACAGUAUCAGAGCAUUAACCCUUUUCUUGUCUUCAGGGUGUUGCUGAGAGUGCGUAUGCUGUACUACCUGAGACAGGAGGUCAUUGGAGAACAUGCCGAUUCUGUGCUGAGAGGAGCCGAUGCCAGGUAUUACUUUCUACACACAUACUAUACAUACAUAUCUACACACACACAUAUACUGAUUCUGUCUGUCCUCGUAGGGAUAUUGACAUCUGGAUGCCUGAGAUGGAGCAACAGGAGGUGCCAUCAGGCUGGUGGGAUACAGAGGCAGACCGCUCCCUCCUCGUCGGUGUCUUCAAACACGGUCUGUGUUUGAAUGUCAAAGUCUUUAGAAGUUUGUUUACUUGUCAAGAGUACCUUGUAUUUAUCAGUAGGAUAGUGGUGCUAGGUGUUUAGUGAGUGUGUUUGUAGUAACUCCAGUCUGUGUUGCUCCAGGGUAUGAGAUGUACACCACCAUGCGUGCUGACGCAUGUCUGUGUUUCCUGGAGCGAGCUGGUCGCCCUGACGAUCAGGCCAUUGAUGCGGAGCAGCACUCUGCAGACGCAGAGCUGGGAGAUGGGUGAGCUACACUGGCUAACCUUAUUAGCACCUCACCAAACAACCCGCUAACUUGAGAUCACUGAACUCUUUAGAGCUGGCCUCACCACCAUUAACUUGAACUUGGUGGCUGAGACUUUGUUUUUGCCCCCCAGAGGAGACGAUGACAAGUAUUCUGAAGACCCAGAGUUCAAGCCUGCGUCAAGGCACACCAAAGAUCUAUACGAGGAGGUGUGAAUCAGUACUUAUUAUUCUCACUGAUUGAUUUUGGUUACAGAAUAUUGUUAUUAUAUUAAUGAAAAUCCCUCUUCCCCCAGGCUGACUCCAUGAACAUGGGUGAUGAUAUCUGUGUCGAGGACAAGGCAGGGCCUGUUAAAACCAAGGGGCCGCCUCCUGGCCAGUCAGGAGCCUGUGAGUGGCCGACCAGCUCGUCACUUACCGCGCGGCUCCGGCGUCUGAUCACUGCAUACCAGCGCAGCUACAAGAGAGAGCAGCUGAAGGUGGAGGCAGCAGAGAAGGGGGACCGCAAGCGCAGGAGGUGUGAACAGGCCAGUAAGCUGAAGGAGAUUGCACGCCAGGAACGCCAACAGAGGUACCAACUACUACCCUCAACUAUUAACUCUGCAAGCAUAUGUGUCCUGAAUCUGAGGUACAGUUGUUGGUGUAGGUUUGUUUAAUGUAUCUGUGUGGUGUAACCUUACACAAUUAUCUGGUAUAAGACUCGGUGAGUUUUGAGUGUUACACAACUUUAACCAUCUGUCUUGUGUGCCUUUUCUCUGCCAGGUGGACCCGUAGAGAGGAGUGUGAUUUCUACCGUGUGGUGUCCACGUUCGGUGUGGAGCGGAUAAAGAAAGAGGUUAACGCUCAAGAGGGGGAGGAGGCUGAACUGGACUGGGCCCGCUUCCGGACCUUCGCCCGUCUGGACAAGAAGACGGACGAGAGUCUGAGCCGCUACUUCCGCUGCUUCAUGGCCAUGUGCAGGAGGGUGUGCAACCUGCGCCCCACCCGCGGAGAAGGUCAGAACUGCAUCGAACAGUAUUAUUAAACACAGGAUAUUGAUAAGUGUAAUCCCCUUAAAGCGGUCAAAUAUAUAAUAGAGCAUGGUGUUGGAUAUGUGGGUAGAUCUGGAGAGACGCAGAUCCCUAACCCCUCUCUCCCUCCCCAGACCCGUCAGAGCUGGGGCAGUCUAUGGCCCCCAUCACCGAGGAGCGGGCCUCUCGCACCCUGUACCGCAUCAGCCUGCUGCGCCGUCUUCGUGAGCGUGUCCUGCCCCACCCCUCCAUGGAGGAGCGCCUGCUGCUGGCCCCACUAAGCUCCGAGCUUCCCGCCUGGUGGAGCACUCCAGCCCACGACCGGGAACUCAUGCUGGGCGCCGCCUUCCACGGCGUCAGCCGCACCGAGCUCUCAGUCUUCUCCGACCCACAGUUCUCCUUCAGCCAGGCCCGCCACGACUACCUCGAGAUCCAGCCCGCCCCUGCCACUCCCCUCCGCCAACCACAGGCAGAGGAGGGCUCCGCCGUCGAGGAGGAGGGGCUGAACAGGGAGUCCGGCCUCCUUGGAGCCUCUGAGGCUCUCGGUCACUCAGAUACUCAGACCACACCCCUCUCUCGCCCUGAUGGGAAGGGCCGAGCCCGGACCGGCUUGGGCUGGAAGAAGAGCAGGGGGAGGGGCCCGAGAAGCAGAGGAAGGAAAGGCGGAAGAAGUGGAGGAGAAGGAGGGAUGUCUGAUUCGGAUUCAGACUCUGAUUCAGGCUCGUCUACCUCCUCCCAGCGAUCAGGCAGCUCUGACGACAGUGGGGACAGUGAUGCAGAAAGGGAGAGAGGUGAGUAAUGGCUGAGAGGGACUGAGCUAGAAGAGUGUGAGGAUUGAAUUAAGACGACACAGGUUGAACAAACGUAUGGUUUUUAUUUUGUUCGGUUUUCAGCUGCUCUGAAGAUGGAGGAAGACGGAGAGAACAGCUUGCUCUCAAUGACUCCAUCUCAAGAUGGUGCGCCACCGGAGUCCCUCACUGACCCCUUCAGGGUUGACUGGCCCAAGGUAUGUGGGGGACGUACUGUCUGUAAUUAUAGAGCGGUGGUUCCCAACCAGGGGUACUAGGUACCCCUGGGAAUACUUGGCUUUUCAACAGGGGGUACGUGAGAAGACUCAUGAGACCAUAGGCUUACUGGUAAAAUGCACAUGUGGGGGUACUUCAGGGGUACUCCGGGCAGAGCAGAAUUCAGUUGGUGGUGUACAGUAACCGAAAAAGGUUGGAAAGCACUGCUAUAGGGUAUGGAUGGGUCCAGAUUCAGUAUGUGGAUGAUGUUCUGGUUCAACAAACAGUAUUGUGUUUGUGUAAAAGCUUGUACAUUAGUACUUAAAAUACAGUAUUAACGGGAAGUUUAAUAUAAACUGUACAGUAAAAGGUUUUGGUUUGUUGUGUUGAUUGACUGGUUGCUCCCUCAGGACCGUGUGUUGAUAAACCGGCUGGAAAGCCUCUGUACGCUGGUGCUGUCUGGGCAGUGGCCAACAGGGCGGCGCUACGCCUCCGACGCCCAGCUAAACCCAGGCUCUGACGACCUAGAGACAGGGGAUGAGCUCAGCUUUGCACGGCUCAUGCGGAAAGGCAACAGCACACCCGGUGGAGAAGGAGCAGACGGAGGGGAAUCUGAGUUCACUGUCAAACUCCUGAAGGUGAGAUGAGAGGAACACACAAAAGAGGGGUUGAAUCAAUUCUGGUCCUGGGCUUUUGUUCUAACCCAGUAAUAACAGCCGAUUCAGCUUUUUAAACCAUUGAAGUAAAUUGGGAUAAAGCAUGGGUGACUGAGGUACAGAUGGGAUGACUCAAUUGUCUGUCCUCUUUCUCCAUCCUACUUUCUUUUACUGUCCAACUCUCUUAGGAGGAGGGGCUGAAGCUGACCUUCUCUAAGCAUGCCUUGAUGUCCAACGGGUCAGGGGGAGAGGGGAGCGGACGCAGGAAGCGUAGGGACCAAGAAGUACGCAUAUACAGAGUAUACCAAACAUUAGGAACACCUUCCUAAUAUUGAGUUGCUCCCCCCCUUUUGUCCUCAGAACAGCCUCAAUUUGUCGGGGAAGGACUCUACAAGGUGUCAAGUGUUCCACAGGGAUGCUGGCCAAUGUUGACUAGAAUGCCUCCCACAGUUGUGUCAAGUUGGCUGGAUGUCCUUUGGGUGGUGGACCAUUCUUGAUACAUGGGAAACUGUUGGCGUGAAAAACCCAGCAGCGUUGCAGUUCUUGACAAAAACUGGUGCGCCUGGCACCUACUACCAUACCCUGUUCAAAGGCACUUAAAUAUUUUGUCUUACUCAUUCACCCUCUGAAUGGCACACAUACACAAUCCAUGUCUCAAGGCUUAAAAAUCCUUCUUUAACCUGUCUCCUCCCCUUCAUCUACACUGAUUUGAAGUGGAUUUAACAAGUGACAUCAGUAAGGGAUCAUAGCUUUCACCUGGAUUCACCUGGUCAGUCUGUCAUCGAAAGAGCAGGUGUUCCUAAUGUGUUGUAUACUCGAUGUAUACAAUACUAGUCCACAUUCUCAUACAGUCAGAGGUUAAGACUGCUCAUAAUACACAGAUACUUGUCUGAGAACAGUAGACAAUAAGUAUACAGAUAUGCAGACAAAGAAACAAACUGACUAAACAAACGACAUACUCAAAUGUUCAUUCAAUGUCUGCAUUUAUCAUACCUCACUCACUCUCUUCCCCCUAGUUGUCAGAUCCAGACGGAGCAGUCCCGGUGGUUGAUGCCAUGACAGGCACAGUGCUGAGUGGGGAGCGGGCCCCUCGACGCAGGGACUUGCCCAACUGGCUGAAGGAGAACCCAGACUAUGAGGUGGCGGGAGACAUGCUGGAGGUAUACUUAUCUAGAAGACUAUGGCUGUCUCUCAAACGAGGCUCUGGACAAAAGUAGUGCACCAUGUGAGAAAUGCAGUAUCAUUUGAGAUUUCCACUGUGGCUGUAGUGACUCUGUCUCCUGCAUCCCCCUAGCUCCUUGGGAACAGAAGCAAGAGGAAAAGGAAGAGGACGGAGAAGGCAGUAGCACUGUCGGGCAGUGAGAAGAUUAAGAUCAUUGAUAUGAGGACAGGAAAGAAGGUGAGAAAUGGCAAAGGAUCAGUGCAUGGGGUUCCUCUCAAAUAAACAUUAAUUUGUGGAUGCUGAUUGCCUGAGGGUUGAUUUUUAUUUAUUUGUUCUUGCUCAGGUUGGGGCUGCGCAUGGACCUAUGCUGCAGGAUUUGAGGGAGUUUCUGGAGGAGAAUGCUGACUGUGCAGUUGCACCAGAAUGGGCUGAGACUGUCCGGAGCUCUGUGAGUACCCUUUAUUAACUUAUUUACAACUCACUUCUUGAAAGGCAGGGGAUAGAUUAUAUUUCAGAUAGUAAAAUAUUUGUCUAUCUUCUUCUUCCAGGGCUUUCUGCCAGACAGCCUCUUCCACCGGCUACUCUCAGCACACUCUGUCAUCCCCAAGAGAGACCGUCACCGCCACCACCACACUCCCCAGCCUGCCCCGCAGGAGGACCCACUCCUGGGCGAAGGUGAAGAAGAGACCCUGGUCUCAGAUGGGGCCUAUAUGAUGGAGGACGAAGAUUUGGAGGAUUCUUCUUUCCUGACUCAAGCCUUUGAUGUUAAGAUGGAAGGUGGCGACAGCUUGUCACAAGGCGGAUAUGAGAGUUCUGACAGGGAGGCCCUUUUGGACGACGUCAUUAUGGCACAGAAGGACUCGGACUCUUCCUCCAGCUCAGAGGAUUGA